AUGGCAUCGUAUUCUCCAGGGUUUGUUAGCCUUUUAACAAGCCAAACCGGAGAAUUUAGCACUCCAGGGUUUGUGAACCUCUCAGGUUCUGAAUCCAUAGACCUCGAGUCACCUGAUCUUCCAGCUUUUAGCAGCCAAUCCUCAGAAGCAUCUACUGUCAAGGAGAGGAAGAAAUGGUCUCCGAAAGAGAAUGUUAUUCUCAUAAGCGCUUGGCUCAACACCAACAAGGAUCCAAUAGUAGGGAAUGAGCAAAAGUUGGGAACUUUCUGGUCAAGGAUCCAGAAUUACUACAACUCAAGUGUUCAGCAUGUUGGGCUGGACACUAGGGAGCUAGGUCAAUGCAAGCAAAGGUGGGGAAGGCUUAAUAACCUAGUCUGCAAAUUCUGUGGUUGCUAUGAUGCGGCAUUGAGGGACCAAUCAAGCGGUGAGAAUGACAAUGAUGUGAUGAAGAAGGCACUAGACAUGUUCUUCAAUGACCAUGGUUGUAAAUUCACUCUAGAGCAUGCCUGGAGAGAGCUUAGGCAUGACAAGAAAUGGGCCUCUGCGUAG